AUGGCCGCGAUGAAGAAUCUGCCGAAGAAUCUCUCCCUUGGGGACGCGGAGGGGCUUCCCGAGAGGCGGCCGUGGGUGACCAGUGUCCUGGCCUCUGUGCUGAUUUUCACCAUCGUGGUCGACCUUCUGGGCAACUCGCUGGUCAUCGUCUCCGUUUUCAGGAACAAGAAGCUGCGGAGAGCAGGUAAUGCCUUUGUGGCAAGUCUCGCCAUUGCUGACCUCGUCGUGGCAAUUUAUCCCUAUCCUCUAAUACUAAUAGCAAUACUUCACAAUGGAUGGGUACAUGGCUACAUCCACUGUCAAAUGAGUGGGCUCCUCAUGGGACUGAGUGUCAUUGGCUCCAUUUUUAACAUCACUGGCAUUGCAAUCAACAGAUAUUGUUAUAUCUGUCAUGGUCCGAAAUAUGACAAGAUUUUCAGCCAUAGAAGCACAUCUUGCUAUGUGUUACUGGUCUGGAUGUUGACAUGUUUGGCAAUCAUUCCCAAUCUCUUUGUGGAAUCUCUUCAGUAUGAUCCUCGAAUAUACUCCUGCACUUUUGUUCAGUCAGUCAGUUCUUUCUACACAGUCACCAUCGUAGUCAUUCAUUUCCUUCUGCCGAUCAGCAUUGUCUCGUACUGCUACCUGCAUAUCUGGAUCUUUGUCAUCCGGGUCAGGAGGAGAGUUAAACCCGAAAAUCGAUCCAGGAUAAAUCCCCAUGACUUCAGGAACUUUCUGACUAUGUUUGUAGUGUUUGUGCUCUUUGCUAUUUGUUGGGCACCAUUGAACUUUAUCGGCCUGGGAGUAGCAGUUAACCCAAAGCUGGCAAACAUGAUACCAGAAUGGCUUUUCAUUGCCAGCUAUUUUAUGGCAUAUUUCAACAGCUGUUUGAAUGCUAUAGUGUAUGGUGUUUUAAACCACAACUUCAGACGGGAAUAUAAACAAAUAAUAAUAGAAAUUAUCAAUCUAUCUUGUUAA